AUGUGGAAUGUCAUCACUAAAGGAGACUACAUUUUCAAGAAUGAGGAAGGCGAUGACAUACUGAUUGGGAAACUUUUCAAGGCUGAUGCAAAGCUAGCACAACUAAAUUUCAAGACCAAAAACUUCCUCUAUUGUGCUGUAAACGAUGAAGAAUACAACAUCUGUGGAUGCAACACGACAAAGGAGAUGUGGGAGAAGCUUCAGGUAAUGUAUGAAGGAACAACCCUGGUAAAGAAGUCAAAAAUUUAUAUGUUGGUUAAAGAAUACGAAAUGUUUAAUAUGGAAGAAGGUGAAACAAUUAUUGCUAUGUUUACUUGCUUUACACAUAUCACAAAUGAACUAAAAGCUCUUGGUAGAGAAUACUCUAUGGAAGAUAAUGUGCAGAAAGUCCUUCACUUUCUACCGGCAUCUUGGCACGCAAAGUCUACAGCAAUUGAGGAGGCAAAGGACCUAUUAGAGGUCACUCUCAACGAGCUGAUUGGGUCUCUCAUGACCUAUGAAAUCAAAAAGAAAAACGCUACUGCAGAAGUUGAGGCACCAAAGAAGGCAACCAGAAUUGCUCUAAAAGCUGGAAAACAAAAAGAGCUCAUAGAGGAGGAAUAA